AUGGUUGUAGCAGGAAAUAACUAUGCACAGAAUUAUGGGGGAUAUUUCUCUCUAUCAGGGACCAUGGGGGCCACCAUUGAAGCUGUGUACAGAGGAUACCCGGCUAUUGCAUUUUCUGCGUGGAGUUGGAACAACACUUUUUACAAAGACGGCUUAGAUUUGAACGACAACUUGUUGGAGUCCACCAUUGUGGCCGAGAAGGCAACCGAGUUGGUCAACCAGAUCUUCGAGUCCCAGGGUGAAAACCCAAGAGCUAUGGGGUUGGGUGUUGGUUUGAACGUUAAUUUCCCAGCUGUAGGUUACGACAACGAAAGCUGCACCAAUCCAAACUGGGUCUUCACCAGAAUUGCCGGCAGCGGUGCCAAGGGCGCCGAGUUGGUCUUUGACGAAAAGACUCAAACCGUGGGAUGGGCCGAUGACAGAUUGGAAGAAGGUAUGCAACCAUGCUACAACGGUGACUGCACUUUGCCAACAGAAAAUUUCAUCCUCGGACAAAACUUGUGUAACGCUACCAUUUCUGCCUUCUCCGUCGACUGGGAUGCCAACUUGGUCUUGACCGAACAAGCCAAGGCUUUGGUCCAACCACUUUUGGGUUGA